GCAGCGCGCUAGUUUUAAACCGAACGCGAAGGCAGACGCACGUUCAGUUCACGCGUAUUUAUCGAAGAAAACUUUCACGAUUACUCGAAUCACGAUAUCAAGUUAUGUGCGCGAACGCACGCUUCAAUAAACAUCUCAGUGUUUCAUGACAGUGCCAAUGUCUCCCAGUUUAGAAGGGAUCAUGUUUAACAGGAACACGAACUUGUCAGCGCGCCGGCCGUUGCUCGCGGAACCGCAAAAGCCUAUUGUAGUUCCACCACGAGCGCCACCUCGUGAUUAUGGACCACAAAGACCCUAUCCAGCUACGAGAAAUUUAAUAAAUGAAAGCACUUAUGAAAAACGAACAGAAUAUUGGAAACCGUCAAAUGUCGAACUCGAAAGGCGAUUACAAGAAAGUCGCGCACGUGAAAAGGUCGGUUACUUUCAAGACAAAGUAAUAUCACCGGAAUUGAGCUUGGAUCGCAGAGAGGCUGAACUCGUAUUCAGAUUUGAUCCACACGCAUCAGCUGAAUAUCUAUCGAAUCAAUAUAGUGCACCCGCGGUUCAGUAUGCAAAGCCUUCUGCGCCAGCGAACGGGUUUACGAACCGUUUGCCGGAACGAGACGGCCCUUUUGUGUUUGGAGUUCAUAGCCCGAGCCAAUUCCCUGUAUCCCGCCGUGAUGAUGACGACUAUGAUUAUUCUGAAGUGGCGGAAGAAAAUAAUCGGGCUGUGAUAGAGGAUGAUGACUCGGGUGACUUAAAUUGCUGUGAUAAAAUGAAUGAGUGGACUGUGCGUGACAAAAAGGGAAAGAGAACUUUAAAUAGAAUGUUUCAGAUAAAGGAUAGAAGGAGAGUGAAGUGUGGUAAGAAGGAAAAAAUUAAGUGUGUGUUAGUUGGGGAUGGUGCGGUGGGAAAGAGUUCAUUAAUAGCCGCUUACGCCCAGGAUACGUUCAGAGAGGAAUAUCAACCAACAGCAUACGACACAUUUAACGUUGUGGUGGACGUGGACGACCGACCUGUCUGCGUAGAAAUCUGUGAUACAGCUGGUCAGGAUUCAAUGUCAGAACUACGCGAGCUCUGCUAUCCUGGGACAGACGUGUUAAUGCUCUGCUUCUCUGUGGUCCGACCAGAGACAUUCCGGUCCGUGGCUAACAGGUGGACGCGGGCGAUCUCUAAUGUCAACGCACCCUUAAUUCUAGUCGGCACUCAGAGCGAUUUAGCGCUCGAUGGACGGGUUAUACACGCAUUAAAAGCCCGAGGCGAACACGCAGUAACCGAACUGGAAGCCAAGGCAUUAGCCGCCAAAAUAAACGCCGUUUACGUAGAAACAUCAGCGAAAACGCGGAAACAGUUGAAAGAUGCCUUCGACGCCGCCAUCUUGGCUGGGUUGCCAGUAGUGCAGCCGAAACGACCGUUCUGGAAAAAACUGCUUUGUUUAAAUUAGAAUUAAAUUGAAAAAUUCGUAAAAUGUUAACACAAUUAUAAAAACCAUUUCUUUGAGAUGAUUGUUUAAAUUGUUUUUAAUCUGUGAAAUUUAAAAUAAGUGGUCGAUUAGAUACUUAUUGUAUGUCACAAAUUUCAGUAAAUCAAUGUGUGUUUGAAAUAUAAUGUAUCACUAAUUUUCUAUACUUAGCAUAAACAAAGUACUUUAAGUUGUGAUAAUGUGUAUAUAUCUGAUAUUACGUUGAAAACAUUAAACAUAGACUGCUCUUACGAAUUUCCCAAAGUUUAGGGUAAAUGUGUAAAAAAUAUACCUAAGUGCCUUAUGAAAUAUUAAGACAAUGUUUUAAUAGAACUUCCAUUUAUGUACCUAGAUAGUAUUUUAUGUUUUAAUUGUUAUAGCGACUGAUCUAGAAAUUAGCUAUAGAAAGCUUGAUAAAAUAAAAGUUGUUCUUUUUUUAAAGUUUCAAACAAUGUAGGGUAUACCUAUUAUUCACACAGAUUGGGGCAAUUUUAUACAUCUAUAUAAUUUCAAUUGAAUACCAAUUGCCCCCGACAGCUCAACAAUUUUCUGUUUAAAAGUCACAGAUUAUGUUUUCGUUUUUUUUAGUUAUAUGAUUAGCGUAUAUGAUUAUAGAAUAUAAAAUCUAUAUAAUGGUUGCUGCAUGAACUGCGCAUUUGUCAAUAUAAAAAGUUACACUACGUUACAUUGUAUCGAUAAUAAUACAAAACAACCGAAGACAAGUUAUUUUGACGUUUUAGAAACUUUGUCGUUAAAUCGAGUGAAAUUACAUGGAAUUUACACUGUGCUUACACUGUUUCUAUAUUACCGCAGUUAACGACUUGUAGAGAAAAGAACGACAGAGUAACAUUUAUUGUAUUAUAACUAUUAUCUAAUGGAUACCUAUACAUUCUACAAUUUCAAUAAAAUAUCUGAAUGAAUCACGUAGAAAUUAUAAAUUUGGCACAGUUAAUAGCUGCUAUUUAACGUCUUAACUUGAAUAUUAAUACAAUUAUGCAAUAAAAUUUUAAUGUAUUUCUUACAAUUUAAGUUGUAUAUAAUGAACUGUGUUUGUAAAUGUUGUUUUGAUAUUCAACAUGAACUGAUAAUUAUAUUUUAUUACGACUGA